CGGAGUAGCGGGCUCUGCCUGGCCGCACAGCGCUGCUCUCUCUGCCGUGCAGUUGCCGUUAUCUCUCCACUCAUGCGGACCCAGCUGAGGCUCAUGGACUAGCCGGAGGUGAAGUGCUGGACUGAGUCAGACUGCAGUGGGCUGAGUGAGGCCGGUUGAACAUGGCUGCUAAAGAAGACCUCUACAGCAAAAUCCUCCCUCGGAGGCUCCGGCAGAACCGAGCGGGCUCGAUGAAAUGCAGCUCCAGCCUGGACGUGCUGCUGUCCAUGGGCUUCCCCAGACCAAGGGCACUCAAAGCUCUGGUGUCGACUGGAGGUCGGAGUGUCCAAGCAGCAUGUGACUGGCUGUUUUCACACGUGGACGACCCGUUCUUGGACGACCCGUUGCCGAGAGAGUACGUCCUCUACCUGCGACCCAGCGGGCCCCUUCAGAACCAGCUCUCCCAUUUCUGGCAGCAGAGCCGGGUCACCUGUGGCAAAAACAAAGCCCACAACAUUUUCCCCCAUAUUACGCUCUGCCAGUUCUUCAUGUGUGCAGACCAGAAAGUAGAAGCUCUGUGCGAAGCCCUCCAGGCCACCGUACAGCAGUGGCGGGGUCGGUUUCCCAGCCCACUGCCCUUAGAGCUCUACACAUCUUCUAACUUCAUCGGUCUUUUCGUGGAGGAGCAGGUGGCCGAUAUCCUCAAGCAGUUUGCAGCUGACUUUGCCGCAGAGGCUGUCAGGAAGGCAGAAGUCCACGUGGAGCCUCACAAGAAGCAGCUCCAUGUAACUCUAGCCUACAACUUCCCCAGUGACCACCUCCCCUCACUGGAGAAACUCGCUAAGGGCAUUGAAGUGAAGCUGGGAUGUGAUUGGCUGGCUGUUCUGUUCUCCCGGGACAUUCGUUUUGCUAACCACGAGACCCUGAGGGUGAUGUACCCCUACAUGCCACAGAACGACGACGAGCUGGAGCUGGUUCCCGGGGAUUUCGUCUUUAUGUCUCCCGUGGAUCAGAACAGUACCAGCGAGGGCUGGGUGUACGGGACCUCACUCGCCACCGGGCUGUCCGGCCUGCUGCCUGAGAACUAUGUCAGCCUGGCGGAUGAAUCUGACACCUGGGUGUUUCAUGCCUCCCACUCGUUCUUCAGCUGUGAGCCCAGUGACAAGGCCAGUAAAGACAGAGGCCUGUUUGACGGACUGCUGGACAGCCGGCGUCCCGAUAGCACAAGUCCCGGAGACACACCGUCACUAAGUCUCAUCUGUCAUCCGAUGCAGCAGGUCCUGCGGAUCAGCGGGGGUCACUCUCGGCAACCCAAGCGGACUCUUUUCGUGUGCCGCCACGGUGAGAGGAUGGAUGUGGUCUUUGGCAAACACUGGCUCUCCCUCUGCUCAGAUAGUAAAGGUAGAUACGUACGUUCCAACCUGAACAUGCCUCCCAGUCUGCCUCUGUGGGGAGGACAGAGAGACUAUGACAUGGAUGCUCCCAUCACUGUGUUUGGAUCCACCCAGGCCCGGCUUGUGGGUGAAGCCCUGUUAGAGAGCAACACAGCCAUAGACUUCGUGUACUGCUCUCCCGCUCUGCGAUGUGUUCAGACAGCACAGAACAUCCUAAAAGGCCUACAGCAGGACAGCAAGCUGAAGGUGCGAGUGGAACCGGGGCUUUUCGAAUGGACCAAGUGGGUGUCUGGGAGCUCAAUGCCUGCAUGGAUACCUCCCACCGACCUGGCUGCUGCACACUUCAGUGUCGACACAACUUACAGACCUCUGAUCCCAGUCAGCAAGCUCACUGUGUCCGAGUCCUACGAGAACUACAUGAGUCGGAGCUAUCAAGUAACCAAAGACAUCCUGUCAGACUGCAAAAACACUGGAAACAACGUGCUGAUUGUAGCCCACGCUUCUUCCUUAGAGGCCUGCACACGCCAGCUGCAGGGCCGCAGCCCACAGAGCGCCAAGGACUUCAUCCAAGUCGUCCGAAAGAUCCCCUACCUGGGCUUUUGCUCCUGUGAGGAGCAGGGGGACACGGGGGUGUGGCAGUUAGUGGACCCUCCCAUCCUGCCCCUCACACAUGGACCAAACCACAGCUUUGACUGGAGGGAGACGCUCCUGCAAGAAUGACAGCAGCCUGAUCGGACCCUCUGAUACAGUGGCACCGCCGCCCCAACCCCGCCCUUCCUCCAAAUACUGGAACUUUCCUCUUUCAGCCCGUUCAGCAGAGAAAGCCUCGGCUUUCGGCCCCAGGUGACCAACCCAGCCAGUGAGUGGUGACAAAGUUUGGCAGCGUGGCUGAGUGUUCGCUCAACAUUAAGCACGCUCAGAUAUCAUCCACCCAGUCUCAGGAAAUGUUGUGAAAUUAGCACCAAGAUCAUAAGACAGCUGUUCUCCCCCCCGUAUUAAAAAUAACGUUUGAUUGAUUUUAGUGAGAAUUCCCAGUUUGAUCUAUUGAGUUGUGAUGUUAGCACACAGUAGCAUUCUGGCUAUAGGUGCAAAUGUUUUUGAAGGUUUUCUAUCGAUAACAUUUGAGGCUAUAAUUUUUUUUAACGUGUGAAAUUAAAAUCUGUCUUAAACGCGCCGAUGUUUAUUGUAGAAAGGCAUCAGAUACUGUUUUAUUCUAACCUUAGAAUAAAUGACAUCAUUUGUAUGCUUUAAAAACAUGGCUUUAUGUAAACCUAUGUGAAGGAUCCUGAACACUUUUUGUUCUGUGGUGGAGUUUCUCAAAGUUUAAUGAGACUGUGGGCGGUUUGUAAGGACACUGAAGCACAAACAACAGCCUAGUAUUAUUGGAGGUUUAAUGGCGUUGGCGUCCCGUGUCCUGCCGCUGCCACAUCACUGGCUGAGGUAGAACAUUUACGCCACAGCUCAUAGUCUUGGUCACACCCUCCCGAUGUCCCCGUACAAUGCAUCCCCCCGCUGUCGUCUCCAUAUGUAGCACACUGAGGGUACCAGUGUCUCUGCAGCAACGUCACAACCUGCAAUACCGACAAUCACACAGUAGCUUCUUGAUUCUGGUCCAGCAGCAGUUUGUGUUGUUCAGACGCUCUCAAUGAUCAGAAACGUCUUCCACUUUUAUUUGUAUUUAUUUAUAAGCCUUUAUUGUUACAAGCAAAAAUAAUAAAAACAGGUAUCAUUUCUAACAGCAUGCAAGAACCUAUGCUCUGUAUCUCAGGUGUUGACUACAUUUAAGACACACACAGUGUGUGUCUGUGGGUGUGUGGUUUGAAAACUGUUUCCUUGAUUGACUGUGAUGUUGCCCCUCUCUAAGAUUAAACUGAUGUACUGACUGCCAUCAGCAGCUGUAGCAGAAACAACGUAUUCACACAUCUGCUCUUUUAUCCCGCUGAGUUUGGGGAAUCCUGGCUCAUGCUGACAAUGCAAAAUGAGUUCCCACUGCAAUCUAAUGCCGGCUUCUUCAUACGCACUAGCAAAGUAGUCUGCGUUGUUCCAAGUGCAGAGCAGCUUCCAUUGCUAACACGAGAGCUAAGGCUGUGUUCACAUAUAGCAUCAUGGUGUUCACCACAAACGCCACAGAAAGAGCUCGACAGCUUGAGAAAAGCUACUCAGUGCUGAUCAUUUUAAAAAUGUGUGAGGAGAGUGCAGCCUAGACACAACCAACUUUUAGAAGAACUGCUCCUUUAAAGAAGCAGUUUGGCACAGCUGGGAAGUGUAGUCGUUUGCUACACUCCAGCUGUACGGUGCCAUGUCUGCUACAGACAACAGUAGAGCUCCACUCGGUCACAUUACAAGUAAAAGCAGCUGAAUCCAGUCUGGUGGAUAUAGAAAAUUCAAGACUAACAACAGCGUUUGGUAAUUUAAUAAUCUGUUAUAAGAUUGACUGGUUCUAAACUAUUUGUUUCUAUUUUGUAAGCUGUGUCACUUUCAAUCAGAUUUUUAAACUCGGCUAAUCCUUUGUUGACUAGCAUGAAAGGAAAGUAAACCGGAUUCUGUCAAACUGUAAUUUAUGAAGACCAAACAAUGAAUUUUGCUCUCAGAGUAAAGAAAGAAGCUGCAGGAACACACCUGCAUUGUAAAAACUGUAUCACCAGUCUGCAAUGAAACCUCCGUGAGAAGCAUCAGUCAGGAAGAACACAGCAGUGGUGACACGCUCCUGAUGCUCGAGUCAGUCCAUGCAGUGAAGACCUCACAUCAGACCUGCUAAACACUUGUAGCAUUGCUGAAUUCAGUCACUGUGUUACUGCACAGUGGUCACAGAUGCAAGUGUGUGUGGGUGACAGUCACUGCUCCCACACGAAUGUGAAAGUUUCUUCCUGUUUAAUAAAUGUCCAACAUUCAGGAGCAACAUAAAAAGUCUUAAUCUGUGUGAAAAAUGACAAGGAAGAAGCCAUGGUGUUCCUUUACUCUUUAUUUAUUGUCUGAUUAUAUCACCACAUGUGUACAGCACUUAUUUUAAAGGGACUUUGGAAACAAAAUGUUGGCUUGUAAUUUAAACAUCGAGUGUGUGUGCGUGUGUGUGUGUGAGAGUGUGUGCACGUGUGUGUGCGUGUGUCUGUGUGCAUGCGUGUGUGUGUGUGUGUGUGUGUGUGUGUGUGUGUGUGUGUGUGUGUGUGUGUGUGCGCUUUUAUCUCCAUUUUCUGUCUCAUUCUGAGGUAUAAAGAGCAGCUGCGCUUUUUAACGGCUGUAAUAUUUUCAUAGUGAUUAAUGUGUGAGCGUCAGCCUACGACUGAACUAUGACCCUUUGUGUUUUGUUCUGAUGGAAGCUGAAAUAAAAGCAUCGUUUUUCUCCAUAACUGCA